AUGUCAGCCCAUCACAUAGGUAUACAGCACCCAAGGGUGCCCUCGGAACUUCUUUGCCAAGAAAGCUUCAAGACACUUUCGCGUCUGCACCUCAUCUCUGAAUUCAAGCCCUGGUUAGAGUACACGCGGGAAUACGUUCGACGUCGCGUAAACUCACCCUUUCUUCUCCUGUGGGAUUGCAUUUGCUUUGGUGCACCACUCAACACACUCCUCCAACUUCUAGGAUCGCCAACCCCUCGGUAUCUAAGCGUUUCGGCGGACGAGUUCGACUUCAAUGUGUCCAUUGCGCAACGAGAACAGCUGUUUUCCAACUUCAUUCAGCGGGUGCAGACAUUAGAAUCGCAAGGAAGACUGUCAUAUGGAGAGGUGUUAAGAGUGGAUGACUUUACGAGUGGGAUUAAUGCCGGGUACUUGAGGAUUCUGAAAACAAUCAAUCGUAUUCUGUUCGCCCUGCAAACAGAACAUCCUGGUAUAUUCUCCUUGCCCCAUGGCUCUGCAGCAAGGCGUUCUUCGCUUAUCGAACAGCUUGUCAUCGCAGAGCGUUCCCACAACUCCAAAUUGAUCCAGACGGCGGAUUCGGCUGCUAAGCUAUAUGAAGACCCGGAGGCUGCUCAUCCUUCGCUGGAGGGAUUUAUUGUCAAUUGUUCCCGACUUGUGCCCUAUCACGAACACGUUUUGAAAGCCCUUUCGCAAGUGGAUGUCAUCGAGAACUGGCAGCAUAUAUUUGCGUUUCAUAACAAAGUCUUUUUUACCCGAAUGAACAGUGCCUACCGCUCCAUUUGUGCCAACUAUCUCACCUUUGAAAACUUCCUUAAUCGUCAAAACAGUCGAGCAAGAGAGGACGCCAAAAUCAUUCUGAGAAACCUCUCAGAAAUAAUCUCACGUUUUUCCGAUUAUUCUUCGCACCUUCAGGCUAUUCUUGAUGUUUCUUCUCCUACGGAACAUGAAUCAUACGAUGGUCUUUGUAUCAUGAGCCUUGAAUCUGCCACAAUCUCAGAUUCUCUCGUUGAAGUGGGUCGGGAAUUACGCACAAUGUGGUGUUUUAAUAAUUUACGCCCUCGACUUGGCUCUCAGACACUACUCGACGAAGAUGCCCUGGGAAAUAUCCUACAUGACGACUGCAUGCUUGUCGACCCUGCUUCCGGCCAACAUUAUUCUGUAUUUCUUUUUGAAAAAAUGUUGAUAUGCUGUACCGACCACCGGAGGAGCGACAGCAUCGACCUUGGGCACGUUCGGUAUCCUGUCAAACCAUGGGAAAUAGGACCAGCUUUGGCGGAACAGUAUCCACUCGUCAUCAUGCUCUCAAUACCGACAGACAGCCUAAAAUUACUUCACUGCAUAGACACUGCCAUCUUCGAGAUUUCCUGGGGCAGUAAAUCAGAAUGCAGUAUCAUCUUUUAUCCCAUAAUUCAUCGGCAAUACACCCAAUGGACGACAUUACUGGAGCCUUUUGUAUCACGAGUCAGCCAUUCAACGUCCGUUCCACGGUAUCUCGAAGACAGCGACGGCGUUAGUGUCUAUUCCGGCGUCUCUCUUCUUCCCACAGAAGACGAAAUAUUUGGCAUCAAGUCCGUUAUAGCGCGUCCGUGGAGCCUCAUAGGGAGAAAGGGCAAUCGCUCUGAGAGUUCGUCUAUGAUAGGUGUUGAGACCAGCGAUAAAGCCUCUAUCCUGAGCCCUAACCUAUUGCCUACGUUAUUUGUCAACGAUCUGCCUCGAAGCCCACUUCAUUUGAGCUUUGUCCCGGAAGACGGGAUUCCUUCAUUGCAUCAUCUCACCGAGUCUCCUACUGAAUAUGAACCUGCAGAGGGAGGACACUUACUUAAUAAUGGAUAUGCAGAUUCGAUAUCAUUUCCUGACCUGACACAGCACAUUGUAAAGGAAGGUUAUUAUCCCAUUGCGCAUGGAGGUUUUUCGGACGUGUGGAAGGCCACCUGGACGAAGAAGGAUGGAACUAUGCAGGUUGCUGUCAAAGUCAUACGCAACACGAUAAAUGAAGGUGCUGCGAAAGAGAAACUUGUCCAGCGACUACACCAGGAGCUCAGCAUCUGGAAAGGACUCUUGCAUCCACAUAUUUUGGAAUUGUGUGGAACUGUUACUGGAUAUGGUCCUUACGUCUCCAUGGUGUGCCCUUGGCUUAAAAAUGGUAGUCUGACAAAGUAUCUCGAGCGUUGUGGUGACAUACUCACAGUGGGCGACCGCUUGAGGCUUAUAUCGGAGAUAGCGUCUGGAUUAAACUAUCUGCAUUCUCGUCCUGUUGUGCAUGGUGAUUUGACUGGGUCGAAUGUUCUCAUUGACGAUGACUUGCAUGCACGUCUGUGUGAUUUUGGACUUUCCACUCUUAUCAUGGAGGAAUGCCAAGAUGACAACGUUUCUGUUCAGUCGGUAUAUACGUCACAUCUCGGUGGCUCAGUUCGCUGGGCAGACGCCUAUUUGUUCCGCGCCUUCGACGAAAACGCUGUUCCUGUUAUUGGGACCUCAAGCGACAUAUACUCAUUUGGAAGUGUCAUGCUCGAAGUCCUUUCCGGACGCAUGCCGUAUCAUUACUUGCGCACCGAUGCCCAGGUUGUCAUUCAAUUGCAUCAAGGUAUUAAGCCUCGUCGUCCGUCAGCAUCGUUCGUAGACGAUGCACAAUGGGAUUUGAUUCAAAUGUGCUGGAAGGAACUCCCUGAGGAGAGACCUACUUCCAGCCAGGUUUUGAAGAUUUCAAAAGAUCUGUUUGAGCGUUGGAUACAGUCUGAAGCUCGAUAG